AUGUUAGGGAGCAAAGAGUCAGAGGUGGUAGGAGGAUCGAUUGAUCGAAAGCAAAUCAACAAUAUGUCGGAUAAGCAUUUUGAGAAAUCAUCUUCGAGGUUUGUGGGUAAUAAGGAGGAGGUGUUAUCUGUUUCGGUUGGCGGUGGCAAUUCGAAGCAGGAGAAGCGUGAUACGGGGACGUCUUCGUCGAUGCUCAGCUCGAAACAUAAGUGUUCUGAUGAAGAUUCCGAAACUGAUAGUGAAGAGUCUGAUGUUAGUGGAUCUGACGAGGAAGACACAUCUUGGAUCUCAUGGUUUUGCAAUUUGAGAGGAAACGAAUUUUUUUGUGAAGUUGAUGAAGAUUAUAUUCAAGAUGAUUUUAACCUUUGCGGUUUAAGCAGUCAAGUUCCAUACUAUGAUUAUGCAUUUGAUCUGAUACUAGAUGUUGAGUCCUCUCAUGAUACAUUUACUGAAGAACAGAUUGAAUUGAUUGAGUCAGCAGCUGAAAUGCUGUAUGGUCUCAUACAUGUCCGAUACCUAUUGACCAGCAGGGGAAUGGCUGCAAUGUUGGAAAAAUACAAAACCUAUGAUUUCGGGCGGUGCCCAAGAGUGUAUUGCUGUGGACAACCAUGUCUUCCAGUUGGUCAGUCGGACAUUCCACGUUCAAGUACAGUAAAAAUAUAUUGUCCAAGGUGUGAAGAUAUUUACUACCCUCGAUCAAAGUACCAAGGCAAUAUCGACGGGGCUUAUUUCGGAACCACAUUUCCUCACCUAUUUUUCAUGACUUAUGGCCAUCUCAAACCACAGAAGGUAACACAAAGCUAUGUCCCAAGAGUUUUCGGAUUUAAGCUGCACAAAUCGUGA